AUGGCAGUGCGAGCACUAAAGCAAACAGGAAGUCGAAACAUCGAAGCUGCUCUUGAGUACAUCAGUAAGAUGGGUUAUCUUGACCCCCGCAAUGAACUCAUUGUCCGUGUAAUCAAACAGACUUCUCCAGGAAAAGGUGGAAUGUCAAACACCCUGGACCACCGACCACUAGAGCCAUCCGCUGAAGCUGCAGCUAUGCCUCCGUACCACCAGAUGGGGGUACCUCUGUACGACGGAGCAGCUGGAUAUGGUCCUGAUGGAGAGAUGUCCAGAGCGUACAUGAGCCCGGGCCCAGUCAUGAAUUAUAUGCUGCCUCCUAAUGGUGCAGGACAAGGCCCUGCCAUGGGAAACCCAAUGGGCCGUCCCCCUAAUAUGGGCACCUAUCCACCCGUGAUGACGGGUCAAAGUAACCCCACUCCCAACAUGUACCCUCCGGGGGCUCAGCAGAAGGGCUACCCUGGUGCCCUGGAGCCCAUGAUGAGCUACAGUGUUGCAGGCCAGCCACUGCCCCCUGGAGGCCCGGGGGCACAUUUCGACUACGGCCAUGGCAGACCUCACAUGAUGGAGCCCGCUAACUACGGAGUCAAGAGGACCCCGUCUUUCCAGAACAAGAUGUCCUCAUCCCCCAUGGCCGCAGAGCAGUACAUGCAGAGUAAAAGUGCCAUGGGGCAGAGUGUGCCUGUUGCCACAGCAGGGGGGUAUCCUGCCAACAUGUACCUGUCCCACUCACACCCCCGGCAGAACAGCCCCACUUCUCAUCAGGUCCACCUCAUGUCCCGGCCCCCAGGGGGCGCCUUGGGGCCUGACUUCUCAGAAAUACCCCAAGGUCUAAUGACCCCAUCAAGAGCCAGCCUGAACCUGGACCUGUACGAGCACCACUGGACGGGACCCCCAGGUCCAGAGGGAGCGCCUUCAGCCCGACAGUCUCAGCCCCAGUGCCCCCCCUUCAGGGAGGUCCGUGUUCCGAGUAGAACCAACUCUUUCAAUAACCGUUCCACUGGACCUGGAAUCCGGCCCACGAUGUCUGCGCAGGACCCGUCCCUGGGACCCCCAAACACCAUCACUGCAGUGACCUCUCCCCCCAUCCAGAAGCCUGUGAGCAGCAUCCGAGUCCUGAGGCCAGAGCCCAAGACCGCUGUGGGCCCCUGCCACCCAGGCUGGAUGACCAGUCCAGGCUCGGACAGUGACACACUGAGUUAUGUCCCGGAGGAGACAUACAGCCUGGAGCCUGCGCAGGAGCCCCGCUGCCCGCCGCCUCCGUACCCCAAAAACCUGCUCCUCACUGGGACUGAGGCAGUCCCAGUUAUGGAUGGAGCUUUGUGUGGACCCCAGGAACCUGGGGCCAGGAGCUCACACGGCAGCAGUGGAGGGAGCAGCAAAGAGGAGAGCCAGCUGAAGGAGAAGGCCAAGGCACCAAAAGGAGGGAAGGCUGUGAAAGACAAGAAACAAAUCCAGACAUCACCCGUCCCCGUCAGGAAGAACGGACGAGAUGAGGAGAAGAGGGAGUCUCGCAUUAAGUCCUACUCACCUUUUGCAUUUAAGUUCUACAUGGAGCAGCAUAUUGAGAAUGUGAUGAAAACCCACCAGCAAAAGCUCAACCGACGACUGCAGCUGGAGCAAGAGAUGUCCAAGGCUGGUCUAUCGGAGGCAGAGCAAGAGCAGAUGAGGAAAAUGUUGAACCAGAAAGAAUCCAACUACAACAGGCUUCGUCGCGCUAAAAUGGACAAAUCCAUGUUUGUCAAGAUCAAAACUCUGGGCAUUGGUGCCUUUGGUGAAGUUUGUCUGACCAGAAAGGUGGACACUUGUGCGCUUUAUGCCAUGAAAACACUGCGCAAGAAAGAUGUCCUCAACCGCAACCAGGUGGCCCAUGUGAAAGCCGAGCGGGACAUCCUCGCAGAAGCAGACAACGAGUGGGUGGUGCGCCUCUACUACUCCUUCCAGGACCGCGACAGCCUGUACUUCGUCAUGGACUACAUCCCCGGAGGCGACAUGAUGAGCCUCCUGAUCAGAAUGGGAGUGUUUCCAGAAACGUUGGCUCGCUUCUAUGUGGCCGAGCUCACACUGGCCAUCGAGAGCGUGCACAAGAUGGGCUUCAUCCACAGAGACAUCAAACCAGACAACAUCCUCAUCGACCUGGACGGACACAUCAAACUGACAGAUUUUGGCCUCUGCACAGGCUUUCGCUGGACCCACAACUCUAAAUACUACCAGAAAGGAAGCCAUGCUCGACAAGACAGUAUGGAGCCCAGUGACUUGUGGGACGACGUGUCAAACUGCCGUUGUGGAGACCGUCUGAUGACUCUGGAGCAGAGGGCGAACAGGCAGCACCAGCGCUGUCUGGCCCACUCCCUGGUGGGAACGCCCAACUACAUCGCACCUGAAGUCUUACUGCGGAAAGGCUACACCCAGCUGUGUGACUGGUGGAGUGUGGGAGUGAUCCUCUUUGAGAUGCUGGUGGGACAGCCACCUUUCCUGGCCCCCACGCCAACGGAGACUCAGAUUAAGGUUAUUCACUGGGAGAGCACGCUUCAGGUGCCUGCUCAGGUCAAGCUCAGUCCUGAGUCCGUGGACAUCAUCGGUCGACUCUGCUGCUCGGCUGAGGACCGACUGGGAGCCAAUGGAGCUGGAGAAAUCAAGAGUCACCCGUUCUUCUCACAAGUAGAUUUCUCAAGCAACUUACGCCAACAGCCUGCACCCUACAGACCAAAGAUCGCCCAUCCCAUGGACACAUCCAAUUUUGACCCGGUGGAGGAGGAAGGGGGCCCCGGGGCCUGGAGCGACAGUGAAGACAGCACUCGGACACUGGACCUGCUCUGUUCGCCUCAAGGAAAACAUCCAGAGCACGCUUUCUAUGAAUUUACCUUCCGCAGGUUCUUUGAUGACAAUGGCUGCCCGUUCCGCUACCCUAAACCUUUGGACAAUUAUGUUUUGUCUGGAGCUGCUGGAGCCAGCAGCCCAGAGCAGGUGGAGGAGCAAGAAGAGGAAGAAGAGGAUGAAGAGGAGGGGGAGCAGGGAGAGGGCUGUGAACCAGUCUAUGUCUAA